AUGAGUCUGCUGCAACCAGAGGCGAACGAUGCUGGCGAAGAGGUCCCCGGCGUGUACCGCUCGCUCAACUUCCGCAGUCUGCAGGACCCGUACUCGAACCGCGGCGGUGACACCAUGGUCAGUCGGUACAGUACGCUGCGGGCUGACAACCUCGAGACGAUGCUCAACGGCGGCCUCGAGCGCUUCUACAAGAAGUACAACCACCUGUCGCGCAAGAUCAACCUGCAGCUGCCGACGCCCGAGGUGCGCUUCGAGAACCUGUCCUUCUCGGUGCAGGUUCCGGCUGAAGCUGGCGCUUACGGCACAGUGGGGUCGCACCUGGCCUCCAUCUUCACGCCGUGGCAGAAGGUGCCCAUGACCACCAAGCACGCGCUGCACCCGAUGAGCGGCAUCAUCAAGCCUGGCUCCAUGACGCUGAUCCUGGCCAACCCUGGCGCCGGCAAGUCGACGUUCCUGAAGGCUUUGGCCGGCAAGCUGCAGGACAACAAGCAGACGGAGAUCAGCGGCCAGAUCCUGUACUCGGGUCUUCGUGGCGAGGAGAUUGAUCUCAUCAAGCUCGUGGGUCUGGUCGACCAAACGGACAACCACAUCCCGACGCUGACGGUGCGCGAGACGUUCAAGUUCGCCGACCUGUGCGUCAACGGCCGGCCGGAGGACCAACCGGAGGAGAUGAGAGAGAUCGCUGCGCUGCGCACGGAGCUGUUCCUACAGAUUUUGGGUCUGGAGAGCUGCGCCGAUACGGUGGUGGGCAACGCGCUGCUGCGAGGUGUGAGUGGUGGCGAACGCAAGCGCGUGACUGUGGGUGAGGUGCUGGUCGGUGGCCAGAGCCUGUUCCUGUGUGACGAGAUCUCUACGGGCCUGGACAGCGCUGCUACGUUCGACAUCAUCAAGGCGCUUCGUACCUGGUGCAAGACGCUGGGCGGGUCGGUGAUCGUGGCGCUGCUGCAGCCGACGCCCGAGGUGGUGGAGCAGUUCGACGACAUCCUGAUGGUCAACGAGGGCCACAUGGUGUACCACGGCCCGAGGACGGAGAUCUUGGACUACUUCGAGGAGCGCGGCUUCAGCUGUCCUCCGCGCGUGGAUCCGGCCGACUUCCUGAUCGAGGUCACGUCGGGGCGUGGCCACCGCUACGCGAACGGCAGGGUGGAGAAGCGGGACUUGGCCGUGACGUCGGAGGACUUCAACAACCUCUUCUGCCAGUCCAGCAUUUACAAGAAGACGCACGAGGCCAUCAGCAAGGGUUUCAACGAGCACCAGUUCGAGAACGCGGAGGACUUUCAGAAGGCUAAAAGCGUGGCCAACUUGGCCCGUUCGAAGCAGAAGUCGGAGUUCGGACUUGCGUUCAUUCCGAGCACGCUGCUGCUGCUGAACCGGCAGAAGUUGAUCUGGCUGCGCGAUCCUCCGUUGCUGUGGGGCAAGCUGUUCGAGGCGCUGAUCGUUGGUCUCGUGCUCGGCAUGAUCUACUUCAACGUGAGCUCGACGUACUACCUGCGCAUGAUCUUCUUCAGCAUCGCGCUGUUCCAGCGUCAGGCGUGGCAGCAGAUUACGAUUUCGUUCCAGCUGCGAGGCGUGUUCUACAAGCAGCGUCCUCGCAAUUUCUUCCGGACGAUGUCGUACGCGAUCGCGGAGACCGUGGUGCAGAUUCCGGUGAACCUGUCGGUGUCGUUCAUCCUGGGCACGUUCUUCUACUUCAUGAGCGGGUUGACGCGCACGUUCGAGAAGUACAUCGUGUUCUUCCUGGUGCUCGUGUGCUUCCAGCACGCGAUCGGCGCCUACAUGACGAUGCUGAGCUCGCUGUCUCCGAGUAUCACGGUGGGCCAGGCGCUGGCAGGUAUCUCGGUGAGCUUCUUCUUGCUGUUCUCGGGCAACAUCAUCCUGGCGGACCUGAUCCCGGACUACUGGAUCUGGAUGUACUGGUUCAACCCGCUGGCCUGGGCGCUGCGCAGCAACAUGCUGUCGGAGUUCUCGAGCGACCGCUACUCGCCUGCGCAGAGUCAGAAGUUCCUCGACAGCUUCUCGAUCUCGCAGGGCACGGAGUACGUCUGGUUCGGCAUCGGCAUUCUGUUGGCCUACUACCUGUUCUUCACGACGCUAAACGGUCUGGCACUUCACUUCAUCCGCUACGAGAAGUACAAGGGCGUGAGCGUCAAGGCGAUGACAGACAACUCGAGCGAGGAGGACAACGUGUAUGUGGAGGUGCGCACGCCUGGUGCGGGCGACGUCGUACAGACGAAGGCGCGCGGUGCGGGUCUCCCGUUCACGCCGUCUAACCUGUGCAUCAAGGACCUGGAGUAUUUCGUGACGCUGCCGUCGGGUGAGGAGAAGCAGCUCCUGCGCGGCAUCACGGCGCACUUCGAGCCGGGCCGCAUGGUGGCGCUCAUGGGCGCCACCGGUGCCGGUAAGACGACGCUGAUGGACGUGAUUGCCGGCCGUAAGACUGGCGGACGCAUUGUGGGCGACAUCAUCGUGAACGGUGAGCCGAAGAACCCGGCUAACUUCAGCCGCAUCACGGCUUACUGCGAGCAGAUGGACAUUCACUCGGAGGCCGCGACGAUCUACGAGGCGCUGGUGUUCUCGGCGAACCUUCGCCUGCCGCCGACGUUCUCUGAGGAGGAGCGCAUGAACCUGGUGAACGAGACGUUGGAGUUGCUGGAGUUGUCGCCGAUUGCUGGCGAGAUGGUUGGCCGCUUGUCGGUGGAGCAGAAG